UCCAGUAGUUGGAGUUGUUGUACACACCGGGGCAUGAGAGUGAGAGGAGAGGAGCGAUAGCGCAGUAGCUGAGUGAGCAAACAGAGGUAGAAACAUUAGGUUAUCUAUUGAGACUUAUCACACAUCGACCUGUCACCUUUUACCGCUUCGUGCACGGUCUACUUGAAGAGGCGGAGAGAAGCAGCAGCAGCAGCCCGGUCCGGUGUGCUCGAGCAGCCGCCUGUGAGAAACUCCCAAACGCGGUCGUCUCAGCUGGCAUGAGCUAACCUACCAGACAGACAUGGAAACCAAACCGUUCCUGUCAUUGGGGUUCCUGAAGCCCCAGUGCUCGUUGGCUCCUCCCAUGCAGCGGGGUCGCUCGGGCGAGGCAUGUUCCUGUUUCACCGGCAUGUGCCACCUCCAUCAGCGUCGCAUAUCCUCAGAUUCGUCAGGCCAUAUGACCUCGUCACCCCUGGGCUCACCCACAUCCCACAGAGGAAUGCACCCGUCUCUAUUAAGCCCGUCCAUGGGGCACUCGGGCUCCCUGCACUCUCCCAUCAGCUCGCUGGGUUCGCCCAUGAACGGCUUGACAUCACCCUUCUCCGUCAUCAGCUCACCGAUGGGCCCCCACUCCAUGAACUCGCCUGGUAUGGGAUACGGCCCCAGCCUUAGCCCCCAGAUGUUCCAGCUAAACUCUCCGAUGAACUCGGUCAGCAGCUCGGAGGACAUCAAGCCCCCGCUGGGCCUCAACGGCGUGAUGAAGGUUCCCGCCCAGCCCUCAGGCACCAUCCUGUCGCUCACCAAACACAUCUGCGCCAUCUGUGGGGACCGCUCCUCAGGUAAACACUACGGCGUGUACAGCUGUGAAGGCUGCAAAGGUUUUUUCAAAAGGACGGUGCGCAAAGACCUGUCCUACACCUGUCGCGACAGCAAACACUGUGUCAUUGAUAAACGCCAGAGGAACCGCUGUCAGUACUGCCGCUACCAGAAGUGUCUAGCCAUGGGCAUGAAGAGAGAAGUUUUGUUACAUGCAGCCGUUCAGGAGGAGCGCCAGCGAGCCAAGGAGAGAAAUGAGAACGAGGUGGAGUCCACCGGCUGCGCCAACGAGGACAUGCCCGUGGAGAAGAUCCUGGAGGCUGAGCAGGCGGUGGAACCUAAAACCGAGACCUACAUCGAGACCAACCUUGGUGCGCCAUCCAACUCGCCCAACGACCCGGUAACAAAUAUCUGUCAGGCGGCAGACAAGCAGCUCUUUACUUUGGUGGAGUGGGCCAAGAGGAUCCCACACUUCUCUGAGCUGCCACUCGAUGACCAGGUCAUCCUCCUACGUGCAGGUUGGAAUGAACUCCUCAUUGCGUCAUUCUCGCACCGCUCGAUAACGAUCAAAGACGGGAUCCUGUUGGCUACCGGGCUGCACGUCCAUCGCAACAGCGCCCAUAGUGCCGGAGUGGGCGCCAUCUUUGACAGAGUGCUCACAGAACUGGUGUCAAAAAUGAGGGACAUGCAGAUGGAUAAGACAGAACUGGGGUGCCUUCGAGCGAUAGUCCUUUUCAACCCAGACUCUAAAGGCUUGUCCAAUCCUGGUGAGGUAGAAGCUCUGAGAGAGAAAGUGUACGCGUCUUUAGAGGCCUACUGCAAACAGAAGUACCCCGACCAGCCUGGCCGAUUUGCCAAACUGUUGCUGCGGUUACCGGCGCUGCGCUCCAUCGGCCUCAAGUGUCUGGAGCACUUGUUCUUCUUCAAGCUCAUCGGCGACACGCCCAUCGACACGUUCCUCAUGGAGAUGCUAGAAGCACCGCAUCAAAUGACAUAAUAGCAGAGAGGGUUGAGCCCUCCUCACCCCCUCUCCCCCUCCUCAAACAGCCCUGGUUUGGGGUUCUUUUUCAAAAACAAUCUCCAGCAGGGGACAGAUUGAGUAAUGACUUUGGAUGGAGAACCUCUUCCCAUCCCUCCCUACCCUUUCCCCUUGAAAAACAAUGAAUUCUUCACGUCUGUGGGUCGGUUUUAUACCUUGUAAAAAUAUAUAAAUAAGAAAUAUAUAUAUAAGACAAAUCACACGGCAACACAUGGACUUAAAGCGGACAAAAAGAAACAUAUUGAGCCAUCGUUUUCAUCCUUGCUUUCUCCUACACUUGGACGAGAUUAAGCAGAGGUGAUCAGGUUUUUAACACCCACAGUAAUGCUUGCAGGUAUUUUGAAGAAAAUAAACGGCGAUGUCAUAUUUGGAUUCUCAGCGGGACAAUCGUGGAUUUAGAGAGCCUUGGGCUGCUUCGGCAUGGACCCGAGCCCUUUCUCUCUUUCAGGACUACAUUUUUAGGGAGGGACGCUAAGGGGAGGGGGUGAGGACAAGGUAAAGGAUAUUUUCCCACCUGGCUCCUGAACACGUCAGGUCUUGCACUAGCUGAAGUUUCCUGGAGUCAAACUCAGACUGCGAGUGCUCAAAACCCUCAGGACUCAAUUCCAACAAAUGCAACCAUGUCUUACUCUGUCAGCACUGUGCGACCCGGGUGGAGGACGACGAAAGACUUCACUAAUCAGCCCUUCAGUUAACGCUGAACAAUCCGUGCUGAGGCACACAGGAAGACCCGGCCGUUGUAUAUUAGCUCUAAGCUACACCAUGCUCUACCAGGCUACCAGCAGGCACAGGAACAACAUUUACCAUCCUUAUUUCGAACAAUGUUGGACCUUUUGUCGGCGGUCUCCCUGCUCCUGUUUUCGUCCCUUCUCCAACCUCUCCACAUCUCAUUUCAUGUGAAUUUCAACACACCGUUUUUUUACCACCUCCACACUCAGAAAUCCCUCCACGCAGCGUGUGUUUCCUCAUAUCUACCUGUACAGAAAGUUACAACCGUACACAGUAUUGACGUUAUUUUCACUUGUGAUUUUAAUGCACAAAUACCUCUGUUUCCAUCCCUCCAACCCUCAGCUCGUUGAAGCAUUUGAGGGAGAAAAGCGCUCAGCCGAGCCAUUGUUUGUUUAUUUGUAUGUUAUUUGGCACUUAACCUCAUGACAGCGGAGUUCCUAAACGGAGAGCUGAUGUGAUCUGCCUCCUGAGGUGGGAUUUGGCUCGAUCUUAAACGCACCCCUGAUUGUUUUAUCCACCUCUCUCUGCACUUCUCUGGACCACCAAGUGUCAUUCACGUCCAACUGAAAUGUUCGUUAUGUAUAGUUUGCGUUAUGCCAUUUUCCCUCCUUUUUCUCUAAAUGCUGCAGCUGCUGCAAAACUAUGCAUCUAGUGCAUUGCCAAAGAUUGUCCUUAGAGCAGGUGUGGUUCAAACAGGUGUUUGUGAGGUGGGGGUCCGAUAAUAUCUCAUCAAUGUCAUUUUCCUCACUAUUCAAACAUUGAAUAGACAUCUUGUAUUGUUUUAUCAGCUAUCAGCCCUCAUUGAAAGGUGUUUAAUGAAACGGUGAGACAAAGCAGAGUUUAAGGACAUGUUAGCUAGUGCCGAGAAUGAUAUAGGAUAAAAAAAAAAAAAAUCAGAAAUAUCUUUUAGUCCUUUUUAUCCUACAUCUACUUAUUCACCACUCUUUCAUAAGCACCUUGACACUAACUGGACCCGAAGAAGAAAGAAAAACCCUGAGCACUGUUUUCAUCAGGCUUUCAUAAACUUAGACAAUUGAAGGUCUUUGGGGUAUGGAGUCUUGAGUGUGCCACUUCAAUAAUACAUGUUUGCAAAGUGUUGAAAAAAUAUAAGAUUGUUUUAGUUUCAGUGUUUCUUACAUUUUGCAAUCAUCUGCUAAAAUAAUAAAUAAAUGUUUGCUUAUUUACAGAUUCACAAUUGGAUAUUUAAGCAUAGUCAUACUACUAGUUUUUGAUUAGGCUUUUAUCGCAAAUAUAUGUUUUUCAUGUGACGAACAUAUUUUAUAUCACAAUGAAUUUGCCUGUUGCAUUUAUAUUUACAGUUUCAAUGUGGUGAUUACUUUCAUUUGAAGAGUCGUAUGAAUAAGCAGCGACAUAGCAACAUGAGCUUUUAUUAGCUGGCUGUUUGGCUUCUGAUCUUGUCUCCAAGCAACAUUUUUAACAGUUAUGUUUGUAUUUGUCAACGUAUUAAUUGAUAAGGAAAAAGUCUGAAAUUAUUUUGGUGGCACCUACGGGACUCCAUACUCCUAUUGACUCCGACAAAAGACGCUAAUGAAAUAUCGACAAAAACAUGUUUUUCAUAACAAUUGGUGUCCAGUUUCACAGUCUAGGCGCCAUUUAAAAGCUUCAAGCGCCCUCUAGUGGACGAAAGGUAGAACUGCGACGUUACUUGAAUUUUCUAAACGUAUUUAAUCUGACAAACAAAAAUAGCACUUUCUGACUGCGUUAUUAUCAUCGGGCUCAGUUACACCUCCGUUUCUAUGCUUUAAAAAAAAAAGUAAUAAGUUCAGUAUUGGCUUGUAGUGUUUUUAGACAGUUUCUAUUACAAACUAUCCAGGUGACAGUAUUGACAGCCAGUCUGAGCUCAGUUUACAGUAUUUAUAUUCUGGAUCAAUUGUUCAUAAAUUGUCAAUAUGGCAAGGAAAAUUAACUCUCUUUGUAGGACUGGGAUGGAUUUCCUUUUUUGGAGGAUGGAUUUAAAAUCAUAACAGCAGAUAUGAAGCUUUUUUUUGGACUGGAUGACCUAACUUUAAAUUGAAUAUCCUCCCGCUCCCUUCAGCCUGGUGUCUCUUGGCUUACUGUGAUUGGCGACCGCAGGGCUCUUACUUAAGCCAUAAAGUGAAUAAUGUGCGAGCUCACCCACCCAUGCAGGAAAUGAACAGACAAGGAUCUUCUUGACCGAUAAAAAAAGAAAGGAUCACCCGCAUGAAUGCUUUAUAACAUAAAGCUCUAUUUUGUUAAUAUGUAUAUGUGUAUAUAUUUAUAAAUAUAUAUCGACAGAUCUGUUCCUUGAGUAUUUCCGAACAUUGAAAGAGGGAGUCUUCUCUGACCACCAAUAUCAGAGGGUUUCCUUUUUUUGCUAUUGACUUUAUAAAAUCAAUCAUGAUCAACCAGCAGAUUUAAAAAGUAUUAGCUUCUCAGCAGAUCAUGGGACCGCAAAAAAAAGAAAUACAAAAAAGUUGAAGACUUUAAACCCUCUGAAAUGUAUGUGUUGCUUAGCAGUUGUAUGUUGAAAAAGUGUAAUCAGGAAAUCAGCUUGUGACACAAUCACUGCUUUCUUUGUGCAUAGACUGUAAAAAAAAAGAAAAGAAAAAAAACACUUUGAAAAAAAGAUCUAUUUUUGUACAAAGGUAAUUUUAUCCCCUUGCUUGUGUACUCUGUUCCCUUGUCCUCCUGCGGGCUGUCGUAUACGUCGUGGAAAAGCUUAUUCAACAAGGCAAUUUUCAGAUUGAAAGUUUUAAAAGGUGCGAGGAGUCGUCGGCACCUCCUGUCGCCUUUACUUUGCCAUUUUCAACCUGCAAGACGGGAAAUGUCUUUUCAUUAUAUUUGUCCAUUUUUUUAAAAAGGCGAUGGAGUUUUUGGUCAUCUGUUCUUUGUGGGUUGUUCUCUGAUGUUCUAUCUUUCAUGGACAGAAAAAAUGGUUAUUAAAAAACUCAAAGUGAA